CUUUUUCAUUGCAGCUACAUGGUUCGUUCUUCCCUACAGCCACGCAUGUUGCUGCUCGUGGUUGACCCAUAGACCGCGCUCUUCGUAUACUAGGCAUCUCAAAACCGCCAGCCCAAGGUUCAGAUCCGCUCUGAAGAAUGGGACCGUCGACUUCAUGAAGCUCAUGUCACCAAGCAGUGAGUAGCGUUUCUAAUCAUCAUCCUACCCAGAUGAUAAACACAAUUGGGAAUCUCUCUGAAUCCCUUGAGGAGACAAAUUGACAUACAUUUACUGAACUUUCAUUUUCAACUUCCAACCAUUGCAUCGGACAGAAUGCUGACACCGAUUUUCAGAGACCUCAAUCGACUGAUUAUGGAUUAUCUGGUCAUCGAAGGUUACAAGUCUGCCGCAGAGGAAUUCAGCCAAGAAGCUAGUCUCACUCCGCCUGUCGACUAUGACACUAUCGAAAGCCGUAUGACCAUUCGCGACGCCUUGCAGCGGGGAGAUGUUGAGGACGCGAUCACUCGUGUGAAUGAUCUCAACCCUGAGAUCCUAGACACCAAUCCAGCUCUCUUCUUUCAUCUUCAACAGCAACGACUGAUUGAAUACAUCCGGCGCGGGCAAAUAUCCGAAGCACUGCAGUUCGCGCAGGACGAGCUGGCACGUAGGGGAGAAGAGAGGCCGGAGUUUUUGUCAGAAUUAGAGCGCACCAUGGCUCUGCUGGCGUUCGAUAUGUCCGGGAGCCCUCCUCAUGGUAUUGCCGACUUGCUUUCACCCACUCAGCGCAUGAAGACAGCAGGUGAGGUCAACGCGGCCAUUCUCGAGAGCAUGAGCCAGGGCAAGGAGGCCAAAUUGGUGGGCUUACUGAAGCUUAUGACCUGGGGCGAAAGCAUGUUGGAAGAACGAGCCGAAUUUCCACGUCUAGAACUAUGAGAAAUUCUCGGAUCUCUGUGUACCUUGUCUCGUAUAUGUUGUACCAUAGUACUUAUAGUCCAAAUGGUAUCUGACCAUAGUGGAUCCGGCGACGGAUGUAAAUGA